AUGCUGGCCGGCCCUCCACCGAGCGGAACCCGAGGGCCCGGAAUCCACAUAUAUUCGAGGGCAAUGGUUGGUAGAUGCACUUUUCUGAGUGAGAAUAUUGAUAUAUUUCAAGUAAUCAACAGAGCUAGAAUAAAGGCUCGGUCGAUGAGAUUACAGGAGACUAUUUUACGUGCCCCCAGGAGUUCCUUUUCAUACGAGAGGAACGUAGGGGUCACUCGACAUCUAGCUCCUGCUGAUACGUACGACGUCGCGUGA